AAAUGCGCAGACCUUGGGCAUACGUCGCUGAAAGAAACUCGCAGAGGCACUCCCGCAGCUAUUGCCUAUUGGAGUAUGAUGAAAAGCUGGGGCGAGGCCAGUGGUAUUGGAAAUAUGUAAGGACUCGAGAGCAACCGAGCAGCUAGACUUAGAAAGCUUUUUUUCUCCAUCUCUUAAUGGGAUACGUACAGGAAGCACGCGAGAAUCACGUCAAGAAGAAGGUGGAAGAAGCUUUAAGAAGCAAAAUGAAGCAGAAGGCUCUAAAGGAGUGUGACCAGUACACUUCAAAGUAUGCUCAAUGCGCUGUGGGAAGAACAUUAUCUGUUGUUUGGCAAUGUCGGAAACAAGCUAAAGAGUUGAAUGAUUGCCUCCAUCAAUACACCAAUGAUGCUGUUUUGGAAGAAAUGAAGAGAGAAUAUAUGCUUCAACAGGACGGCAAGGGAUCUGCAGGAGAGGUCUAAGCUCAUUCUUUUGAAUAGCAUCCAUUUUAUGCUAUAGUCAAAGUGCUGUACAAUUUGUUGUUUAAUGUAAGGUGUAAAGGCAGGGAUUAGUCCGAGGUAUUAGAACAUUAUGGAUCAAUAUGGAGUUUUUCUGAUUGGGAUUUCGGUCCGAUCUAUUCAAGAUUCUGGCAACGACACGUCUAUUUGGUUCUGAGCUACAGCAAGACAACAUUGCUUCUUCUAAGACUUUGAACGAUUGAGAAAUGGAGUCAAUACCUUCAUCUUCCGUCAUUCACGCUCGAAGUGUGGAUUUUAUUUUUCGUUUUCUACAGUCAAAUGAGGCAUAGAAUAUCAAACUAUAGAAAGGAGGAGAUAUGGACUUCACCAAAAAUCUCAAUACAGUGAUGAUAAUAGUUGUGCAAUAAAAUAAAAUUAAACGAGAAAUGGAUUAAAAAGGAUCCAGAAGGUUGCCUGACAUAUUGAGAGUUUAUGAAGCAAUCCAAGGGCUUGACCGUCGUGAAUUGUCUACUGCAGACAAAAUCCUUAGCAGAAAAGUAUGCAUAGACGAUGAGUGUAGUAAGACAGUCGAUGAAGGAGAUGAAAAUAGGCUCUCAAAGGGAUAGUCAAAAGUUGGACACCACGAGAUGGGACAAUGUGCGAGAAUUAAGUUGCCACUGGUAGGCCCGUGUCGGCUCUUGGGUGGAUCGGAGUUCUGGGAGAUCGGCAUAGAGGCGUGUGUACGCGUAGGAGGCCAAUAGGUGGCUGUAGUUCUAGCUCCCAAAGAAUAGUCUCCCUCGCAUUGGUGGUUUUUCUUCAGGACCAAGGCAAUCAGAUGCACCCAAUUAAUUUUACGUGGGUAAAAGGGUUACAAACAUGUCUAGAACCAACCAGAACCCUUUAUGAUUUCUCUGCAAACAUAAGAGUGUACAACCGAUUAACGUCGUAUGGGGUUACCUUUCAGAAUUCCUAACGAUAAGCCACACGUUCCUAGUUGCCAUUUAUAUACCCUGCAGUAUUGAUUAGAGUAGAAUCGGACGACAAGUUCAUGCUCGGAAAACUUAAACCGGGAAAGUGGGUCUUGCCUUGAACCAAAGACAGGUCGCUUUUCAAGGCAGACGACCUCGUCUUAUACCCGAAUGCACCAGAAACACUGCAAAGCCACAAACCCCAAGUCCUGAACUCUGCUUGUCACCGUCCUGGUAGAUCCAGUGAGAGUGAACAGGAAACAAUCCGUCAAAGAGAGAUUUUCUGGGUACAGACAUAAUUAACACCUACAACAUCACUUCCAGUAGCGUUGCACCUUGAUUGGUGACGGGCAAUCUCCCUUAACUGGCAGUUUCCCGACCAUACGAAACCAGAUAAUACUCGUUAAUUUCGAAGGACUGCACAAGCAUCCACAUACACAGAUAUUCGCACCAUCAAAUUUCCAAAUGAAAGUCGAAAUCAAUAAUGUCGGUUUGCUUUACUCGUGCGAGGGACCCAUUAUAACUACGAAACAUGAGAAACAAUGAUUACAGCACAAAGUACACAUUCAAGACAAAAUCCCACGUCAAAUGUAAAUUGCAAAUUGAGAUUCGCUAACAAAAGAUCCCUCCC